GGUGUUCGCGAGGUGAAAUCGGGUUGGAAACUGAGCUCUUCAGGUUCAGUUCCAUGCUUUUUAUUGGGAACAUCAAAGCCUUCAUGAGACAGGGAACCGGCCUGACAUUCUUGCGCUAGAUCCAUGAAAUAAAAAUAAAUCAUGAAAUUGUGGAUCCAACUGAUUCCUUGGGGUCUGUGCCUUGGUUUGGCAUUGUCCUUUGACAUUGAAAGCGGAUACAAUUUCCACAUGUUCGAAAAUUUCGGUCAAACCAAAGAGGUCUACAUUCAGGAAAAGGAACUCAUAUCAAAACUCAAAACCUACAGGGAAAAGGUGAUUCAAAUCCGGGACAAGCUUGAGACCUUCUUGAACCGGAGCAAUGGUCAUGAUUACAAUGAUGAAACGUUUACCGAAAAUCCAAUCAACACUUACAUUCUGAUCAAAACCCAUGGCCUUGCUCUCCCUCGGAUGCAACUUAUCCACGAAAUGCAAGAGCUCAAAAGGGACCUCAACAAAUCAACCACCAAUUUUCCGACGACGUCCGACUACUAUGGGGCCCUGUACGGUCUUGUCACUUUAGAAGACACUUAUCAAUUCAACACCACCCUUGCGGCUCAGGGCAUUAUCAGUCUUCCGAAGUUUCCAUCCGGCCAGCGGGUGUCCAUGCAAUCUCCACAUCGAAUGACCUAUAUUGACUUAAAGAAGAUGGCCGAUCUGGCUUUUCAAAAGGCCUGGUACGACACUUCUAUUUUGUUCCUCAAGGGUGCGUUCAAUUUAAUUGCGGACCUGCCAGAGCAUGAAAAGCCAUCCAAUGAAACCAUGAAAAAAUUCAAUUUGAUGAAACAGUCCUUAGUCCGACUGAAUAAUCAGUACAUCACCAAAAAGUUAAUUAUGGCAGACAGUACAUAUAAAGUGUUUCCCUUCACCAUUGACAAAAACAUGAACGAGAAGGUCAAACAACCCAAGGUCAUUCGGGAUAACAUCAUCACCUAUGUCAACCUGAAUUGCCAGAGUGGCAAGGAGUUUUACAUGCGGUCCGUUUGCAAUGGGUUCUCGUUCAAGGGAUACACCCGUCCGGUCAAACAAUUUCACUGCCACUGGCUUCACCAUCAAGAUCCAUUUUUGAGGUUGGGUCCUCUUAAGUUGGAACAUGUCUCGGACGAUCCUUAUCUCGUGGUGUUCCACCAGAUAUUUACAGACACCGAAAUGGAGUAUAUGGUGGACACAUCUCGACCUCAUUUGUCUAGAACGAGAGUCGUCGGAAUGAAUAAAGGCACUGUGGCCCAUGACUUCAAGGGCGGCAAGAAGCGUCGAAUUGUUUCAAAGUCCGUUCAGCAUUGGAUGAAUGAUCUGGUUUACGAAGACAUGAAAGAGGACGUGACCGAAGUGGACAACAAGUGGAACUACACUGUGGCGUCUCCAGUCUUGUGGAAGCUCUCUAAAAAGCUGGAACAAGCUACCCGAUUGAAUUUAACUGCCAAAUACUCCAGUACGGGAUACCAAGUCACCAACUAUGGUCUGGGGGGUCUCUGUGAGGUUCACAUUGACCCCCAUGGUUACUUGGAUGGAGCCGAGUUGCCACCCUCACGGUACCACCUCAGAAAAACAGGGGACAUGUUUGCCACUAUCAUGGGCUGGAUCGAGAAGGAACCGAUUGGAGGGGCGACCGCAUUCUGUUAUCCUUACAAGGAGGUCUUGGUGUGGCCAACGAAAGGUUCCGCCGCAUUUUGGUAUGAUCUGAAUCUCAAAGGCUCCCGCAAUAUCCAUACCAAUCACGGAGGUUGUCCGGUUCUCAAAGGUUCCAAAUGGAUACUAAACAAAUGGGUCUACUAUUUUGAUCAGUAUAAGCGUUAUCCAUGUCGCUUGGAUCAAACUGCGGUUCCGCAAGGUUUCAAGCGUGAUGCCUUUUAUAGAUAAUAAAACAUACGAGUAGUCUCUGUACCUUUGUGGAAAAGUGCCUGACAGUUGUAAGCAAAAUCAAAUUCUAUCUUUCCAGAUGAAUAGCUAAUAUGAAGACAACUAUCGUACUUAUUG